AUGACUGGAUGUAAUCCCGUGGAUACUCCUGUGGAAUUUAAUAUUAAGCUUAGUGAUUCUGUUGACAAAGUUCCUGUCAAUAAAGAUAGAUACCAGUCUCUAGUGGGAAAAUUGAUCUACCUAUCCCAUACUAGACCGGAUAUAUCCUACGUUGUCAGUGUAGUGAGUCAACUUAUGCAAGCACCUUACGAGGAGCAUAUGAAGGCUGUGGAACGCAUCCUGAGAUACUUGAAAACUACUUCUGGUAAGGGUCUGAUGUUUAGAAGAACUGGCAAAAGAUGUAUUGAAGCUUACACUGACUCUGAUUGGGAAAGCUCCAUUGUAGACAGAAAGUUGAUGUUUAGGUACUAUACCUUUGUACGGAGUAAUCUUAUUACCUAG